AUGUACAAUGGAUUGCCGUAUGAUGGACGCCAGAUAGAUGCAUGGAGCCUCGGCGCCUCAAUUUAUACAACGCUGAACGGAGAUGUGCUCUUCGAGGCACCGGACAGCAAUGACAGUCUGUUCCGGAUUUUCAUGGAAGAAGGAACUUUUCCGCCAAAUGAAGACGAGGACAUUGACGGCAUGGACCAAGAGACUAAAAACGUGAUUAUAAGUCUAAUGUCACCGGUGGAGACUCGAUGGUCGUUGGAAAUUUUGUUACGUUCUGAGUGGAUGACUGCUGCACUAAUGAAUCCUGGAGGCGCACCCAAUGUCAUACCGGUGCCGGGUGUACCCCAACCCCCUCUCCCACCUCCGCCUCCGCCACCUCCGCCUCCACCACCUCCGCCUCCGCCACCUCCGCCUCCGCCACCUCCGCCUACACCACCUACGACACCACUGCCUUCUGAUCACGAUGAAAAGCCGAAACGAAAGCGAAAACUCAAAGAUUCAGACAGCAGUUCCCGAAAACGUGCCAGAGAAGAAGCUUCAGAGAUUGAAGUGGAAAGGCAUGUUAUCUACGGAGGUGCUGCUAAUGACGUUGACGUUGAGGAAGAUGAGAUUCUCAACGAUAAUGCGGGACUCAACUCAAUGUUUGACGCGCCUGACAACUUCCUGCCGGUCCUCCAGGAAGCCAUGGAUCGUCUGUUUGACACUGUCGGCAACACCAGCGACGAACGAACGUAUUCGACAAUCCUAAAGUGCCAGACACUUGACGAAGAAGGGCGCAAUGAAGACCGAUGGGUUGCCUAUCUUCCACCACGACUCAGGCCCCAGAUCACAGCGGUAGCGCUUGCAGAUGUCCUUCAGAGCAAGGUACACAGCUCACACAGGAUCAAGAACAUGACACGAUUCACGCUCCAGCUGGACGGCUAUGAAGUGCGAAAAGGAGGAGCAGGAAUCAUGGAUUGGACUGGAAAACUUGCCGUUUUCUACCCAGCAGACCUUCAGAAUGCGUGCUUCCCCAUGAGCGUCUACCUUCUCGUGGAAUUGGCCAAGAUCAUGGACUUCAGUGCCACACUAAUCAGAGGGAAGAAAAGGAAUCAAGGGGAGCCGGACAGAUGGUAUCCCCUGCCUGAAGCCGCCCAAGUCCUCAAGGAGGUCAACCGACGGAAGCUUGGGAGGAUCUACAUGUUCGACAAGGCGGGCAAAAAGCUUGGAUGUACGCCUGCCUACAACAAUGUUGAUGGCCGUGUCCUGACGAUGGUGUACGAAGAACAGAAUGAGCACUUCAGCCGGUCACUAAGGCACCUUCGGCCGUUACGUGGAUUCGUCAAUCUCCUACGACAUCGACGAGGUCUUUGCGUACAAAAAGCAGUGCGAUGGAUGUGGAGUCUACUACAACGAGAACUACCACAAAAAAACCAGACGUGCUACGACAACCACUUCAGGAAUCGUGUGUGUGGAAAGCGCUUCUUCUGCUUGAAGUGUGACUACUACUACGAUGCCACGAGAGAUGGCAUGAAGGCACAUGUGUGUGGACA